GUCACCAAGCUCGACAGCGGGCACCGAGUCACCUGGCAGGACAGCGGGCACCGAGUCACCUGGCAGGACAGCGGGCACCGAGUCACCUGGCAGAACAGCGGGCACCGAGUCACCUGGCACGACAGCGGGCACCAGGUCACCAAGCUCGACAGCGGGCACCGAGUCACCUGGUACGACAGCGGGCACCGAGUCAUCUGGUACGACAGCGGGCACCGAGUCAUCUGGUACGACAGCGGGCACCGAGUCAUCUGGUACGACAGCGGGCACCGAGUCAUCUGGUACGACAACGGGCACAGAGUCAUCUGGUACGACAGCGGGUCAUCAGGCUGGGUAGCGGGCACCAGGUCAUUAGGCUGGGCAUCAGGGCAUCAGUGU